AACCACGAGGUUGAGAGCUUUGCGUCUGACAGCGGUUAGAAUUUUGGAAAAGGUGUCACACACGGAUUAUUUCCAAAAUGAUCGCGACGGAAAUGGAAACUUCGGGUCAUCUAGGAUUCGAGGAAAGGCCUAAGCGAAUGAGACUCGACCCAAGAUGUCGACACUACGACGCGAACGGAGUGUCACACCGUUCGCUAGACAUCGGUGGCGUAAUUGCCGUUCUGAGUAAAUAUCAAGAUUAUGAUGGAGGGAUCAACUGCAGUAUCUGUGGUAAACUAUACAAGAGCAGGGUGUGUUUUGUGAAACACCUGUGGGAGCAUACAAUUUACUGGGAUCAGUUUCCAGGCGACAAAAACCAGGACCGGGUCCUGUCCAUCCAGGCCGCCCUCAUCCUGUUUCUCACAGUCCAUGGAGACGCGGUGCAGGAUAGCAGUAUUCUCACUCACCUGCUCGUCACGGCACCGAAUGAGAAACGUCCAGAGGACGCACCCACCUCGCCAACAUCGUCACCAGAGAAGCGAAGACCUCGAACACCCAAGAAAAAUCCAUCAAAUAUUUCACCACUUAAGAGAAAAAAAUCUUUCGAUCUCUGAAUUAUAGGGAUUAAUUUACUUUUGACAAAAACAGAUUAUCUGCAUGACUUCAGAGAAAUCCUUCAAACAUUUUCAGUAAUGAAGAAAAAUGUUCAAAAGGCUUCCUAAGUUCUCUGAGAAGGGUUCUUUUUAUAUGCCCUGUUGAUGCAGACUUUCCUGCAUGAGAUGUGUUGGUGUAUUGAGAGAUGCUGGAUAGUACAAGUUGUAUGACUUUUCUGAGAUGUGUUUGUGUAUUAAUGCGGGACAGUACAAGUUAUGUGACUUUCUGAAAUGUGUUCGUGUAUUAAUGCGGGACAGUACAAAUUAUAUGACUUUUCUGAAAUGUGCUUCACUUGGGAAAUGCUGGCCAUUACAAUUUCUUUUAUUAGAUUUUUGUUAGGAAGUAAUGACUGUCUUCGUCAUAAUUUCAUUUUUUUUUUUUUUCUUGCAAUAACGUUAAUUGUACAAUGGUUUGCAUUUAACCUCGGAUUCUAAAGAAUGACGUAGAUGGGCUUAUUAUUAACGAACACAAUAAAAUAGAAUAAGGUUGUUAUUUUAGUAGCAGUGGUGUGCUUAUUCUUAGACAUAGCCUUAUUUCUGGAUAGAUACAGUACAUAGUGACAUAUCAAAGAAAAUUCAAAUUCAAAAUGGUGUUGGAAUUUACAAUAAAAAUAAUUCAAAAUACUGUUGGAAUUUGCGAUACAAUAACAACAUCGGGGUGGGAGGGUUGAACUAUGUCGACUGGCCCCUUUUCUCUAGAAUAUGAAAACUAGAAAUAGAAUGGACGAUCCUGAGCUGUUUAAUAAUUUUGGUUUCCUUGGAUACAGUUUCAAAUAGGGGGAGAUAAUCUAGUAUAGGAAUUCAGCUGGACAAUUCUUGACAAAGUUAAAAUAAUGGGUUGGUGGCCAGUCCAGGAAAGUUCUAAGUGAAGUGUUUCAAUUUUAAAUGUCUCAGAAUAUUUAGACAGUUUAAAUUUUCAAUGUUCUCAGAAUUAUCAAUACAAAGUUGUUAUUAUUUGCAUUUUUCUGCAAAAUAUUAUCUACUAACUUGAAAAACAUUUAAGUAUUCUUGAAGUGCUGUUCAAAAUUUCUAAUCAAUUACGGACUGAACUCUGAAAUUUUAUCAUUUCUUUGUUUUAAACUUAUCAUGAUGUUGUUGAUAAGUUGUCAUUUCAUUGAUGAUCUUAUUUUUUCUACAAUUCCUGGUGUUAACAUGUGUACAGUUUGUAAGUUUCCGUGUAAUAGGAGUGAUUCAGUGGUGAAAACAGUGGAUGCAAUAUUGGAAGUUACCUUGAAUUUUUUUGUUAUGUAUAUAAACAUUUAUAUUGAUUUUUUGCCAGAUUUGUGUUUGGAGGGACGCCCCUUGUUUCCUACGGAUAAUUUCCAGGGCGAUUUUUGUUCAACUGGUGCUAAUAUAUGUGUUAUACUGAUUUUGUUAAUGGUUUUGUCCAUUUCGCCCUGUAAUCUAUGGAGAUAAAUUUCUGGCAUGAAGCUGAUAACAAGCACAAUAGUUUUGAGAAAUUUUCAUUUUAUUUUUCUUAUUUUUUUAAGCAUCCUUCAAUCAAAUCCACUGCAGUAAAAACAUGAGAGAUGACACUUGAAAAAUCAUUCACAGAAAAAGUUUCACAAUGAAUUUUUUUUUACUUUUAAUUUUCUCUCUCUCUUUCUCUCUGAGAGAUUUUUUGGCUAAAAGAUUAGAUUGCAUAAUAUUAACUGAUAUAUCAGAGCAGUGAGGUAAACAGCAUUUUUCUGUUAUUUGAUUAUAAGUUCUUUGAUCUUUUUGCCGAGAAAGAAAUUGGUUAUUAGUAAGUCAAAUACAAAAUCAAGUGGAAGUGUUCGGUAAAGGUUAAUUUGGUGCCAGGGCCAAACUGAGGACAUGAAGUAUAUGUGAUAGAACUUGACAAAUGUGAUCGUAAAGAAAUUCUAUAAAAAUUGAGGUUUUUAUGAAAAUUAUCAAAAAUGUGAUAUGUUUUAAAAUUACUUUAAUUCUUUAAGGGGGUAUUCCUUCGUUCAAUCAUCAGAAAUUAACAUGCAGAAUUUCUAUCAAUGAAAUCUAUGUCUGAACCUUCGUUCAAGCAUCAGAAAUUAACAUGCAGAAUUUCUAUCAAUGAAAUCUAUGUCUGAACGAUGAUUUUAGGCGUGUUUGUGCUUAUAUUACAUGUAAUGAAAUUAAUGCCGAAAUGUACAAGAAAAAGGUGUAUCAUAUACAAAUACUGUAUGUCUUUCAGUAAUUAGUGAUACAUCGGGUCAAAUUAAGGAUUUUCAGGACUUAAUACAUGAAGAACUGUGGUUUAUCUUGAGAGUAAAACUGCCUUAUUAAUGUAAAGAUAAAUUUUACUACUUGGAAGAAAUACAUAUUUUCCAGUAAUUAUAAUUUUGAAGCCUAAACUUUAUUCAAAUGAAGGAAUGUCCUUUAAAAAAGUAAAAUAAACACUACUAUCAAAACUUAAAGAAGAUAAAUUGCAUUGUAAUGUACAGUUCAAUCAUUGAUGUUAUUGAUGUUUAAAAAAUGUUGAUCUGAUCUGGUAUGAAGUUUUCCGGAUUAUCAGAACCGUUGACUUUGUAUGCGUCUAUAAAUGUAAAUUUGUAUAAAUGAAAUGUUUUCAUAGACACCUUGCUGACUAGAUGUCAUAAUCCGUGAUCAUAAAGAGUACUUGUAUGUUGUUUUAUGUUAAGAAGUAGAUAAUCUGAUUUAAAUUUGUGAUCAUAUGUCGUUUAACUAUAUGUUUAAAUAUUCAUGAAUAUUAUGAACAUCUUAUAAUUUUUAUGAUCCUCGCCCCCCUUCCCUAUCCAAAUUAACUUUUUCUUUAAAUGUCUGGUCUAAUUAAGAAGUGAUGUUUCAAGGUGCAGAUUUGCUUACAUACAGAUAUUCCUUGUUUAGUAUAGUUUUGACAGGUGAAUGAUACAGGCCCUCUGGGCCUCUUGUUAACUAGAGCUUUGACAUCAGCUUUGGAA